GAAAGAAAGAUCUAGAUCUAGAUUAUUCUAAAUCUAGACUAACUUCUACUUCUAGAAGUGAAGAUAAUCUACCUGCUACAGUUCUGAAAUGCAGAUUGCGAGAAGCAAAAUGCUCCAGGUCUCAAGGUACUUUCUGCCUUGUUUUCCAAAGUGUCAACUCCACACAUCCAUACAGAGGUAUUUCCCUAUGGUCCCCAUCGUCAUAGAGCAAACUGGACGGGGUGAAAGAGCUUAUGACAUAUUUUCAAGAUUGCUGAAAGAAAGGAUAAUAUGUAUCAUGGGACCAAUCCAUGAUGAACUCUCAAGUCUAGUGGUGGCGCAGCUCCUAUUUUUACAAUCAGAGAGUAGCAAAAAACCCAUUCAUAUGUACAUCAACAGUCCAGGUGGCUCAGUGACUGCUGGUCUUGGCAUCUAUGACACCAUGCAGUAUGUGCAGCCUCCUAUAGCCACAUGGUGUGUGGGUCAAGCCUGUAGCAUGGCCUCCUUACUGCUGUGUUCUGGUGCCCCAGGCCUGCGCCACUCUCUGCCCAACUCACGUGUCAUGAUUCACCAACCUUCAGGGCAAGCUGCAGGCCAAGCAACUGACAUUCAAAUUCAGGCAGAAGAAAUUUUAAAGUUGAAGAAACAGAUCAACAGAUUGUAUGUUAGACACACCAAACAACCAUUAGAACUGAUUGAAAAAAGUAUGGAGCGUGAUCGCUUUAUGAGUCCAUCUGAAGCCUUAGAAUUUGGAUUAAUAGACACUGUCCUUGAACACCCCCCAGCUGUGGAGGCAGACACAAAAAAAUGAUUUUUGUUUCACUGGUUUUAAAAAAAUACAUUUUUC